CGGCUUCGGUGUAGUGUUUCGAUUUGCAAAGGUGCUGGAAAAGACGCUGACGGUGUUGCAAGUGAGCAAAGAUGUGGCCAAUGAAGUUAGAUAUGACUCGGGAAGAGUGUCGGGGCGUUCUGAGACGUCUAGAGCUUGAAUCGUACGGCACAAUGAUAAGUACAUUUCGAGCCCAGGGGUGUUUGAACCAAGAAAAGCUACGACUGCUGGAAGAUUUACGCCGGAUGCUACACAUUUCUAACGAUCGGCAUCGGGCGGAAGCGAGACGCGUUGCAAACGAUGAGCGGCUCACUACGGUUGCGGAAAUUAUCUCUGGCCCAAAUAGUGGGCAGGACUGGCGUCGUGAAGGACAUCGUUCCUUUCCCAUUCUUCCCCGAACGGUACCUCAUACUGCAUUGACGUAUAUAGCCAACACCGUGUUUGAACAAUUGACUCGAGCAAAUUCUAAGCUACCACAUCCAGCACAUACGUCUUGCGAUCGGCUAAAGAAAGCGGAAGAAAUGUUUAGAUUCGAGCUGGUUCGGAAAGAAUCAGCAUUGUUUGAGAAAGGAUUUGUACGUGAUGCUGCUGUUGUUACUUCGGAUCCGCUACAAGAUAUCAUGUCCAAGAGUUAUAUUAAGCAAGAUGAAAAACAUAAUGAUUCAUCUAAAUCGGUGGAAAAGCCUACAUUGGAAUGUGACGGUGCGACGGAAAAGGACGGUGCAACAGUAUCGAAUGGCGAAAAUAAGACGACCAAUUCCAACCCUAUUUUCGAUCAGUCUUCAUUGUGUGAUAUACUGUUGAACACAAAUUUUCCGACAGACGACCAUUCACAAUCGAAGUUGAACAAAUCUGGAGAACGUAUUCCACGAAAAAAGUCACAGGCCACGAAACGCACAUGGAAAUCGAAAUCAUCCUAUCCGCCUGCCAAACUGUUCAAACAUACACUGACGAAAAAUGGAAAACAAUUUUCCAAGCCCAAUAAUUUGCACAGUCCACACCUGAUACAUUCAUACGCGGUACCGUUCGAUGCAGAGGAUGCAACUGCUAACGGAGAUCCCAAUACGGAACCGCCACAGUUACAGCAGCAUCUCACAUCUAACUUGUCACAACAAAACAACACGGGUGCGGGUUUGGGACAAAUGGGAAAAUCGCCACCCGGUGGUACUACACCUUCCCCUAUACCUAAUAUAGAACAAGCAAUCGUGCCAACGUCCAAGAAGGACAUACAGUACAAUUUGUUCAAGUUAAAGCCAAAUGUCGGCAUGGGAUCGAAGGGGAAUGUAAAUGUACCUACGAAGGGUAUAGGUUUCUAUUCGCACAGCAAGCCAUUUCCGCAUGCGCUGCUAAACUAUCAAAGGAAAUCGCCCAGCAAGAACAUUCUUAUUCCCACGUCAAAUGCGGCAGCCACGUUGGCCAGUUUAGGCAUACCAACACCGCUACAUCCACCAUUAACAGAUCAUUCAAGUAAUUGGAUCAGUUCGAAAAUCCGUGACACCAACGUUAAAAGUACGAAGCAUGUGAAACCAAAUGCCCCGUUGCCUGUCAAUAGUGAACCGGAGCGUACUAUUGUCCCGUCUGGUCAGAAACCUAACGUACCCGUCGCAGAACUAACCAGCAAUCCAGGCCGUCCCACAAUGCCGACCGAAAUGGUCGCGGAAAGUACGGAUCAAAUGGUCGAUAACAAUACUGUCACAAAAGCGGCUCUAACUAUGCAAUCACCCGUCACGAACAAUGCUGCCUUACCGGGAGCACAACCAAACCUAGCUGGAUUUACUGCGGUGAAAAGUGGUACCAAACUGUCCGUGCACAAAAUGCAGCUAAUACCGGUUAAAAGUGUAACGCAAAACACUCCGCUGACUCCGACAGCACAGAAAAACAAUGUCUUUAUCCUGCCGAAAUCAUCGACCGUGUCUGGAGUGCUAAACCUGGGACAGAAGAUCACUAUCCCGAAAAGCAUCGUAGACUCAUCGACGAUCGUGCCACCAGUUGCAAGUCCUCCGAAGGUAAUUGUACAGUCUGUUCCCAAUCCGUACAAUGCAACGACGACAACGUUCGACAUGAAUAUCUAUCGGCAAAAUACAGUACCGUCACCCAAAUUACAUACGAACGAUGAGAAGUCAAGCGGCACUGUCACCGUAACAACAACCAAGGAGCUCAAUGAAACAACCGCCGAUGAGCGAGCGACACAGCAAGAUGUUCCAAGCAUUCAAAAACGACCAGCUUCCGUUACUAUCCCUUGUGAUGGUGUACCUGUUCGAAAGAUAAAAAUUUCUACCAGUCAGCUCGUUCCUUUUAAGGGAACCUUUCAUACGACCAAUAUGCCAUCAACAAAAGCAGGCUGCAUGACGAUAGGAGCUAAGAAAUUGAAAAUUGAUUCGGAGGCUGCUGUUUCAUCCGGACGUGCAGCUUCAAACGGGACGGAUUGGGAAAAUGAAUUAGAUCGUGCAAAUUCUACUCAAACUCCUAACGAACAUGUUACUUCGCAUAACGAACCUAAAGUAAUCCAGCACGCCUCAAGUUCCAACGAACAAUCAAAUCCUUCGGCAAAAGCCAACACUACAUUGGUGCACAAAGAUGAAAAUACAUUUUCCAAUGAUGAGGAAAUCCGUAGGAAUGACAAUAGUGGUAAUGCUUUGCACCGUCCACUAUCACCGUCCGAUGGGUCGAAUAAUAGGACAGAGCAGAGUGAGUACGAUUUUGUUUCCACCGAACGAGGAGACGAUUCGUCCGUAACGGAUUCGGCCGAUGCAGAGGACGAUAUUGGAGACGAAGAGAGCCAGACAGAGGAAUGUGAAGGAAUCGAGGAAGAUGACUUCGGUUACGACGCUAUAGACGUUGAAAUGGAAACGGAAACAGACAUUAUUGAGGAGGAGCCUGCGAACUACGAUCAUCUCAUAGAGGAAGUGCCCGAAGAUGAACAAUUUGUUGAGGAGGUAGAGGACGGCCCGAUGGAAUUUAUCAGUGUUGGAUACGGCACUACACGAGAAUUAGUUGCUGAACUCGAAAGCACCACUGCGGAGGAAAUCAUUGAAGAACAUUGUCCCGCUAACGGCGUAGUGCAGGAAGAAUUAUCACCGGAGAUUAAUUACGAUCAAAACACUGGUGGAUUCGGAUCGGUGGAGAAUGGUGAUUUGCAAACCUUCACCGUAUCGGACGGGAUAGUGUGCGAUCUGUUAGAGAUGGGAUCCGAUGGGAAAUAUCACGCACGGCCCUACUCGUACAAGCUCGCAGAAGGGAUGUCGACUGUUUCGGAAGCGGUUAAACAAACACAUCCAACGGUAAGAUAAAGUUUGAUAAGCUCACGGAACUAAAUUGCAACUACACAUAGGAGAAAGCAACGUAUCUGGGACAUACAUAAGUACAAGUUUUAAGGGACUAUAAAUCGAAAAACGGCUCAAGAGGGAAAGCAGUAAAACAAUCCUAAAAUGACUAAAUUACUCGAGCCUAUUCCCUUUGUUACGCUGUUUAUUUGCGAGCCUUUGAUAUAACCUUAUUUUGUUUAACGACAGGCAUAAGAAACAAUGAAAUUGUUUAGCUUUGAUUUACAAUUGUGCGAAAAUGUGUUUAGUUCUUGGGAAAGUUUUAGUACCGCUACGCAUAAAGAUUGUGGUGAAAUUGAUUGCGAUAAUUAUGUAGAACCGACAGGACUUUUUUAAGCUGUUGCAUAGCACAACUUAUAUAUUAGCGAAUACUAUUAAUGUUCCGUAAUUACCUCAAACAUAAUUAUGUCAUUUACGUACAUUUAUUAUUUCUGCUUUUGAUUGCCCAAAAUUCAUUACGUAUCCGAGAAUCAUUUGGUGCUGCAUUCAGGCAACGUGCAGUGCAGUGGACAAUGAACGUUAAUUUUUGUAAAAUGUACAUAGAGUGUAUAUAACAUUCAUUUGUCAUUUCAAAUGUAGAAUUUACUUGAAGUAUGCCACUAUAAGGGCAAUAGUUAAUCGAAUUACAUGGUUGUCAGGAGGUUGCGUUCGAUGUUUAAGCUUAAGUGUAAGAUAUUACGGACCCUUACGGAGGGUGGUACGUACAUUAACCUUUACCUUGCAUACAAAAGGGUAAAGCAUAAGAAUGAAAGUCUUAACAGAGGUCGACAUUUAGAUAGUAAGCAUAGCUAUAAGCGUCGUGAUGUAAAACCUUUACUUUUUCUAUGCAAGCAAUUAUUGAAACUGUUAUCAGUUCUGAACUAAUAUCCUAAAAAGUGGCACUGAUUUUUUAACGAUUUAUACUUUAAAUGGAAUUAUGAGGAAGGAAUAUGAUAGUGGAAAAUAUAACAAACAAAUGUAAGUAAUGGGUGGGUAAUACAAAAACGAUCUGUUCAGUUAUAAAGUUGUAUCAUUAUGUUGUAAGCAAAUGCGUUGAAAAAUGUUGGAAUCGAAAGCAUUGAAUUGUUCCACAACGUUCUACUGUUGUACAUAUGCGUGCGGGGCGAGUAUGUGUUGUAAAAGAGGCCAAUCCGAAGGGCAACAAAUUGUAAUCCUAAUGUAACAAGCGGAUAUUAAUGUCGUGUAGAAUUGAUUUCUAGCUACGCA